UAUAUCCCUUGGAGUUAGUACACAUGUGAUGACAUUCUGUCUUUCUCCUGUCUGACAGGACCUCUGUCUGUACGUGGGCUACACCUCCUCUGUUUACUGUACAGCUUCCGUACUGACAUUGGCAGCUAUUGCCCUCGACCGCUACCACUCCAUCGUGGACUGCCUGCGGUACAGCUCCCGCUGCACCCUGUGGAGGACCUGUGCUGUGGUCCUGUGGAUCUGGCUGCAGGCCCUGAUCACCAGUUUUCCUCCCCUGCUGGGCUGGAGCUCUGUCAGCUAUGUGGUUCCCAUGUACAGCUGUGCUGUCAACUGGGCCAGCAGUCCCAGCUACACGACUUUCAUGGCUGCCCUCUCCUACCUCAUACCGGCAGUGGUCAUCCUCUUUUGCUACGUGAACAUUGUCAAGGUGGCCCGCAGCCAUGCCAGGAGGAUUCAUACAUUGGAGGACUCUGUACAGCGCAGCAGGAAUCCAAGCUUCGCCAGUGGGGAUUCGUCUCACCAGCACUGUGGGAGCCUCCACAGCCCCUCGAGACUGAUUUAUCAUGUAAGUGGACAGUUUGUGUCUGAGGUCAGCACAGAAGAAGGGAAUUAUAUCAGCCCUACUCGUCCUGAUUCUGCGACAGAGCAGAAUAACCCUCCAUCCAGACGUUUGUUCUCCUUCCUGUUUCAGAGCACCUCCCAGCCAUCGCUGCAGCACCAUAACCAUCAUGGAGUGCUGCGUCUCUUCCUGGUCAUCUCGGCCUUCUUCCUCUGCUGGACACCUUACAUAGGCGUGGCCCUGGUUCAGGCAACAGAAACUGCAAUCUCAGGCCAAUCCAGCCUCGUCCCACCGUCUGCUGUUACCUUUUCGUACUGGCUGGUGUUGCUAAACUCUGACAUCAAUCCACUGCUGUACGCUCUACUUAGCAAACGAUUCCAGGGUGCUUUUCAGGGACUGAGGCAAAAAAUAAGAGCGCGGUUGGGGUGUGCGGUGGGUAGGGAAAGGGGUUUCAGGGCAGAGGGAGAAGAAUGCAGGAGAAGCAACCCCUGCACUCUUACCACCACCCACCCUGGCCCACCUUCCUCUGAGAGUUCCACCUGUAAUGCCUCCCUGUAUUCCUCCUCCAUUUUUACUGUUAGCACUGACUUCAAACAUCACUCUGAGGAGCAUCUUUGCAAAGUGUGUCACCAUGAAAAUACCUUCCCAUCAUGCUCCAUGUGGCAAGAUGCUGGUGGUGAAGGUAGAGUGGAGUGCCUGCAGGUUCCCUCUCGGCCGCAAGAGGGCAACAGUUUACCUUUCUCGGCUCUGACCCAGGAGCGUCAGGCCACUUUCUUCUACGGACAGAUUACCGUCAGAGUAGAGCAUGAUGUUUGCUAGUCUGAUAUCUGCAGAUGUUGUUGAUGUUGUUUUUGUUAUUGAUUAAUCUGUUGAUUAUUUGCUCAGUUAAUUGAUUAAUCAUUUGGGCAAUACAAUGUCAGAUAGAUUCCACCACAAUUUCCCAAAGCCCAGGUUGGCAUAUUUACUGUGCUUGUUUGGUCCUACCUCAUAAACCCAAAUAUAUUAACUUUAAUAUUAAA